AUGUCAUCUAAAUCUCCUAGGUGGGUACGAGUAUGGAGUACGAUUAUUAGGGUCAUGUAUGUAUCACGGGGACUCCGAGAUUUCGUCACGAGAGAAGAGUUGACGACAAGGUCCAUUCGGAAUCAAUUGACAUUGGACGAGAUGAGAACUGCUGCCUCGAUAAUUGAUAAUUCGAAUGUUAAUACGGAAGAUAACCGUAUCGAGUAUACUAGUAUUGCCGUUUUCUUCUGCUUGCAAGAAGAUUUCGUCAUUGGUGGUUUCGAUACGAAUUGCUUACAACUGAAUGAGUUUCCAAUUGUUUCAUCAAUUGCUCAACACUCGCGCGCACAAUUUCUCAACUCACUUCCGUUACCGGUACCAACGAUCUCGUUCCCCAAAGAGCAUAUCCCUAUCCCUCUCACUAUCCCUACCUCCACAUGCGAAAUACGAUCCACCAGCGAUCCACAACAUGACAGCUCAAACGAAAGAAACGGCGAGCCGGCAUUCAGCCACAGUCCCAAGCCAGGGAUCUUUUACACCCCAGUCCAUUAUCCUAGAACGGAAAAGAACCGAUUAUUACAUCGAUCCGGUCCACUGGUCGUGCAUCACAUCACAUUGCAUCGCAUAUGUGAUAUUUGGCCUGAUAUUCAAACUUAUCCGAACAUGUUACCACGUUACCACACCUCCAAAUCCAUCAGAAGCUAG